GAGUUCGUUUAAAAACCUACAAGUAGCGGAUUUUUCCCCCUAUAAAAAGAAGAGUGGAGCGCGUGAAGGCAGUCCGGGGCGGCGCGUGCGGUCCGCGGUAGCCAACACAGAUUCAGCAAGUGGACACCAUUCAGGGGCAGCCGUGGAUCUGAACAUGGGACGUCUGUCAAAGCGCAUGAAUUUACUGCCAGGGGUGUUUAUGGCCUGUUUACAACUCUCUGCCUUUUCAUGUCCCUAGCCAUAUGGUUCUUCACAGAACCAGCAAAAUUGUUUCCUGGGAGUUCGGGGGCAUUGGAAAUUCACUGAAGUGGGUUUAUGGUGGAAAAAAGUAAAAAUAAUUAAAGGUCCAAAGAGAACACUUACCUUGUGUAAUAGCACUUACUGAGGGUGCAGGGGAGCAUGGAAACUUCCCCUCACCCCAAUUAGUUGGCAGCCACUGUAUAAUUGGUUUAGCAAUUUCUGUGAUUGCAGUUUGUAACAGCCAGGUCAAUUAAUGUUUUAUAUUGUUGUUUUGCUUGGCAGAUUGCUUUGUUGUAAUGCAUUGCUCCAUUUUUGGGGAAGGGCUAUGCUUUCUUGUAUUCUGUUAAGACAGAAUGUACAGUACAAUGGAGAUGGUUGCUGCAUGCUGAGGUAGAGUGGAGCUGAGAGACUAGGAGAUGAGCCGGUAAAAGACAGUAGACUCUUGGAAGCUGAUAUCACCACAGGCAGGUCCUGGCAGUGACGGACCUACUGUCACGCAGAGGAGUGCAGAGCCUUUAUCCUCGUCUUUCCUUUUUUUUCCCCCUUAAAGCAUCCUCAACAGGCCCUGCACCCUGAACCUCUGAGCUGUAGUCACACAGACACAAACGUACAAGUAAUUAUUCCUGCCAAACCCACCUUCUGCUUUCCCACUGCCAAUGGCACCAGUGGUCUUCAUGGGUUGAAUUGCACACAAACCACAUUUGUCUUGGGCUACGCUUUUCCCCUAUCACCUCUGCACCACUUCCUGCCCUACCUCUCCAUCCCAUCCUAUCCCCGUUGAUCCCCCUUCCCCUGCGGGUGGCUAUGGCUCACGCCCCAGGCAUGUCUGGAGUUGUAUCUGAAAGGAGCUACGGACACAGCCAGCAGUGAAGACUCAAAGAGUGCAGCAGAAGCCACAGCGGCGUUGCUGGCAGCAACAGGGCACGCAUACCUGUCGUGGAGCACCCACCAGGUGGGGGGUGCCCCCUGCCUGAUCAGUCUGCAUGUCUGAGAGGACCCCACGUGGCUGGGAAGUGACUAUGCAGCUUGGACUGGUUGCAGUGGUGGUCUUCCUCAGCUUCAUGGAUUAUAGCAACAGCCUCAAGGACUCAAAGGGACGGAGGCAAAGGCGAAUAAGUACUGAAGUGCCACCAUCUUGUACAAGGGGCUGCGAGCUGUGCUCUGAGUACAACGGCUGCCUGAAAUGCAUGCCCAAGCUGUUCAUCCUGCUGGAGCGAAAUGACAUCCGGCAGAUCGGCGUGUGCCUGGCCUCCUGUCCCGUGGGAUACUUCGGUGUUCGGAACCCUGACAUGAACAAGUGCAACAAGUGUAGAAUAGAGAAUUGCGAAGACUGUUUCAGUCGAAAUUUUUGCACAAAAUGUAAGGAGGGCUUAUACGCACACAAGGGGCGAUGCUAUCCAAGCUGUCCUGACGGCUUCAGCCUUACCAAUGGAACAACGGAGUGCACCAGCGUUGCACAGUGUGAGCUGGGUGAGUGGGGCUCUUGGGGUCCUUGUAUGAAGAAAAACAAGACCUGUGGGUUUAAGAAGGGCACCCAGACACGCGCGCGAGAGCCUGUUCAGAGCCCUAGCCCAGACACUUCGGCCUCGCCGGCUGCUCCCCUUACCUGCACCCCUGAGGCAGAGAGCCGCAAGUGUACAGUGCAGAGGAAAGUACCUUGCAACAAAGGAGAAAAGGGGAAAAACAGAAAUGAAAAACCGGAGGACCAGCGGAACAAAGAGAAUGGCAAGAACAGGAACCGUGAAGCCAAAGAUGGUAUAAAGAGGAGGAAGUUCCAAAACCGGGCCACUACUGCCCCUACCCUCACACCUAGUGGCAGCAAAUAGUCUCUAGUGAUUGAGUGAAAUGAGAAGUGUGGGGGACAGGACCAGGGCUACAUCCAUCACCGUAUACUAUAUAUACAAGGUAUAUGCAAAUGAAGAAACAAGACAAAACACUAAGAAAGAAAAAGGAUCUGUGCUGCUAUGCAUUGAAGAAGAAGCUCUAGAACAGGAGGUUUGCUGCAAUAAUCUAGGGACCGAACUGUAAGGAAAGGAAGGUGGUGGUAUCUUCUGCAUACCCUCAGACCUACUACACCAUACAAACAAGGUCCUCCUGUCAAAAAACCUUCCCCACUGGGGCUGUUGAACAGUUGUUCAUGCUUUUGUUUUCCUUGCACGACUUGGUAAUAGGACUUGAGAGACUGGCUGAGCUAUGGAAUCUAUGGUCUGCGAGAAGUUUGGCUGGAUGCCGCUUGAUCAAGGGUUUGUUACAUUCAGACCAUUAGUAAUGAUUUUUUUUUUUAAAAAAAACAUUGUAACUUAUGUUUUAAACCUCCAAUGUUGGUUACAUUCACAUUUACCGCAGGUACCGCAGCAGGUUAUAGGAGUGUUACAAAUUUUCUGUGGGCAAAAUGAACAGGAUUCAGAUGUUUUAUUUGUAUUUCUGUUUUAUGAUGGAACAAGAGAAAGACACUGGAAUUUGCGGUUUGAUAAAGCAGAAAAACUUCAAAUUCAAACUUUUCCCCUUAUUUGCUUAAAAUUUUCUGAAAAUACCAAAAACAUAUGGUAAGCAUUGUCACAGACCUCAUACUGUUGGCCUGUUAUGAGACAAAAAGUAAAAAUGUAGCUGCUUGAUCAUUUAUUUAAAAAUAAUGCUUUGAUUAAAAUGAAAUGACACCAACUGGACAGUAACAUACAUACAUACAUCCAUACAUACAUUGAGUAUAGGGAUGUGCAUACAAAAUGGCAAUGACUGGCACAUCCUGUGGAGCAGAAAAUUGGAUGGACAGGA